AGUCCAGCAUCAGUGUUUUAUCCAGGAUUUUUUCUCCGGAGGGGCGAUUUGGAAUUUCGGGGGGGGGGGGGGGGGGGAAAAAUUUUUUUCGGGGGGGCAAGCCACGUGUUUAUAGUACGAUGAUCGCAAGUUUCGGGGGGGCAAACUCGAUUUUCGAGGGGGGCGCGGGCACCCCUCUGGAUAAAACACUGUCCAGCAUCGAUUGAAACUUUGCCAUAAGCACAUCAGUAGCUUCCAGGAUUUAUUUUUGAUAUAGUUAAAAUUGAAUAAAUACUAUUAAUAGAUAAAUCUCAAUAAAUCUUGAAACUAAUUUCUUUUAUUUAUUUAUUGUCUUAGCGAAGUACUUUGUGGAGAUGCUCUACAAUCAACAGUAGCUGGUAAUCUCUUGUGGAGUACAAGUCGAGAUACGCAAGAAGGAAUUGAUGCUACUCGUUUAUUAAAUGCAAGAUCAUUUCCUUGCUUUUGUAUUAUUGUUCAUCAUGGUUCACAGCAAACUGUUCAACUUAAAUUAGAACGAUAUACGGAUGCUGAUGAAUGUUUAGCAGAAAUUAUCUAUGGUGUUCAACAUGCUGAUCAAACAUUACAAUAUAAUCGUGAACGAAGAACUAUGAGUGAUUCAAGAGGUCGUCUUUUACAAGAACAAAAUGCUGCUUAUUUAGAUUCCGUUCGAGCUGAUCAAGAAAAAGCUGAACAACGUUUACGUGAAGAAAAUGAACGACGUAAAAUAGAAGAAGAACAACAAAGAAAACUUCAAGAAUUUGCUGUAUUUCGUGAUCGUUUAAAACAAACAUUACCUUCGGAACCAUCAUCAACAGAAAAUGAAACAAUUCAAGUAUCAAUACGUUUACCAGCUGAUGAUCCUAUCCGUCGUCGUUUUCGUCGUAAUGAUUCCGCUAAACUUUUAUUUGAAUUUGCAUGGACAAAUUCAAAUGUACCUAAUCAAUUUGAAUUAUUAUGGGGUUAUCCACGCAAACGUUAUCAAUAUGAUCAAAUUGGUGAUGAAACAAUAGGUGAUCUUAUGAAUGGAAAUACUGAAACGUGUUAUCUUGAACAGAUUGAUGAAGAUAAAUAA